UACUCUGUGAUGUGAAGUUUCAAAAUGUCAAAUUGGAAUUGAUCAAAGUUGAUUUGAUGAAAUAAAUUUUAAAUUAAUAACAUUUCAAUAAUAAUAAUAAGAAAAUUCUGCUAUUCUUAUAAACCAUGGCAGAGUUAUUACUCGAUCCAAACAUACGUUUAUGGGUGUUUUUGCCCAUAGUCAUCAUCACCUUCUUGGUUGGAAUUGUAAGGCACUAUGUAUCGAUUAUAUUAUCUUCUCAGAAGAAAAUUGAGCUUUUACAAGUACAGGACAGUCAGGUGAUGAUAAGAGCUCGAUUGCUUCGUGAAAAUGGCAAAUACUUGCCUAGAAACUCGUUCGCCAUGCGGCGGCACUGGUUCAAUAAUGAAGACACUGGAUAUUUCAAGGUCCAGAAAAGAGCAGCAGCUUCUCAGAACCCAAUGACAGAUCCGGGCAUGAUGACAGACAUGUUGAAGGGCAAUGUGACCAAUGUACUGCCCAUGAUUGUGAUUGGAGGAUGGAUUAAUUGGAUGUUCAGUGGAUUCUUAACCACUAAGGUGCCGUUCCCGCUGACGCUACGCUUCAAGCCGAUGCUGCAGCGCGGCGUAGAGCUGGCGUACUUGGACGCGUCGUGGGUGUCGUCGGCGUCGUGGUACUUCCUCAACGUGUUCGGGCUGCGCACCAUUUAUGCUCUUGUUUUGGGAGAGAAUAAUGCGGCUGACCAGUCAAAGGUGAUGCAGGAACAAAUGUCCGGAGCUGCGAUGGCGAUGCCUCCAGACCCUAAAGCCGCCUUCAAGGCUGAGUGGGAGGCACUAGAGAUCACGGAACACCGCUGGGCACUUGCUUCAUCGGAAGCUGACAUAUUAGCCAGCACAGAACAGUCUCAAUAGUCAAAUUGUAGUAUAAGCUAGGCUCUAAGGCUGAGAGGCUGAGAUAUAUAGAGCAUAAUUUGACAGACUUAAGUUUCAGUUAAAGCGAGACAGAUUUAUGCCAGUAACAUAACACUGUCUCGUUUUAACAAGUUAAGUCUAAGCU